GUGAAGACGAACAGCGUUGGCCACACACUCGAAUCUAAGCUCACCGUGCAAUAUCCGUAAUAAAUUCACUUUAUUCCAUCUUUUUUUUUUUUUAAGCUUUUUCCGAGAGCCAUCUGUGUCGUGUGCCAACAUGUCCGUCGCGGGUCUCAAGAAGCAGUUCCACAAAGCCACUCAGAAAGUGAGUGAGAAAGUGGGCGGAGCCGAGGGAACAAAGCUCGAUGAGGACUUCACCGAGAUGGAAAAGAAGGUGGACACCACCACCCGGGCAGUGAUGGACAUCAUGACCAAGACCACAGAGUACCUGCAGCCCAACCCAGCCACCAGAGCCAAGAUGAGCAUGAUGAACUCCAUGUCUCGCAUGCGGGGCCAAGAGAAGGGACCCGGUUACACCCAGACGGAAGCCAUCCUGGGAGAGUCCAUGCAGCGCUUCGGUCGGGAGCUCGGCGAGGAGUCCAAUUUCGGCCUGGCUCUGAUCGACGCCGGCGAAUGCAUGCGCGAGCUGGCAGAGGUGAAGGACGCCCUGGACAUGGAAGUCAAGCAGAACUUCAUCGACCCGCUGCAGAACCUCCACGAGAAAGACCUCAAGGAGAUCCAGCAUCACCUGAAGAAGAUGGAGGGUCGGCGUCUGGAUUUCGACUACAAGAAGAAGCGCCAGGGCAAAGUGACGGACGACGAGCUCAAGCAAGCGCUGGAGAAGUUUGACGAAUCCAAAGACAUCGCCGAGCUCAGCAUGUUCAACCUGCUGGAGAGCGACAUCGAGCAGGUGAGCCAGCUGGCGGCGUUGGUCCACGCUCAGGUGGAAUAUCACAGCCGGGCCACCGAGAUCCUCACGCAGCUGUGCAGCAAGAUCGAUGACCGGAUAAAGGAUUGUUCCCACAAGCCCCGGAAAGAAUACGUCCCCAAGCCUCGGACCACUCUGGACUUCGCCUCCAUCAGCGAGAACCACAACGGAGGCAUUCACAGCGCUCGUUCUCCGGGGGCGAGGUCACCAGCGAGGUCUCCAGCAAGAUCACCAGCCCGGUCACCAGCCCCCAUGGACCAACCGUGCUGCCGCGCCCUCUACGACUUUGACCCGGAAAACGAGGGCGAGCUGGGCUUCAAGGAGGGCGACAUCAUCACCCUGACCAACAAGAUCGACGAGAACUGGUACGAGGGGAUGCUGCACGGCAACUCUGGCUUCUUCCCCAUCAACUACGUGGACAUCCUGGUCCCCCUGCCGCACUAGAGCGCCCCCUAACGCUCGUCGCUGUAAUGCACAAAAAAAAUGCACCGAAAAAAGACAUCUCUUCCCCGAAUAACCCUUUUAUUCCCUAUUGAACCCAACUUAAGGGGCUCUAUUUUCGUUGACAGCACAUCCGCGCUGGGGCCCGAAACCCCGGCGGGUCCUGAUUUCGAGAAGUCAAGUUUGCAAAUUUGGCAGACCGGUCUGCGCCGCGUUUGGCCUCUCAGCGCAGAAAAAUGAUAUAAACGUAAAACCUGCUCAGACCACAUCUAAAUUUUAGUGCAAUGUUGACUGCUGGUUUCAUGCGAUUUUGGUGAAUUUAAUUCGGGUACAGGUGCUCAGAUAUUGCCUGCGCUAGUCUGUGAAAUUACCGCGACGGGUCUGACCCACCUCUAGCGCAAUAUUUGCUCCGCCCACCACGCAGGAUUUACGCUCAUCAAGAAAAUAGAGCCCAAAGAGUGCAAACGUCUAUAUGCAACAAUUAAGCAGCUAGCGGCCAUCGAGUAGUUUCAAUUCUACAUCCGUUUGGUUGUCCAUCGUUUUUCCACUCCCUUCUCAGCCCACCAUCCCACUUUACGUCCGUCGGCGUACUUUGUGAACGUUAGCUGCCAAUAGAUCUAAUUUAAUAGAGUGCAUCUUAUUUUUUAAGCAAUGAAGCGUUUUCACCGAUGUCCAUGACGCUCGCAUCCUCCAUUUUUUUUUUCUUCUAUUUUCGACAGCGUCGGGUUUCUGACUUGCGUGCUUUUACUUCUACGUGUCAUGAGGUGUGAAAUUUACCAUUCUAGUCAUUCAUUAAUGCUGUCUUGAUUUCACAAAACGUGACGUAACGUGAGAAAAAUACGAAUUGUGUCCGAAAUGAAAAAUUUUUUUGUUAGAUUUUUUUUUUUUUUAAUUCUGAUAUAAUUUUAUUUCACCUUCUAGAAGAAAAUUAUAAGUUUUAUAAAUAUUUUUUCCACUUAUAACACGUGAACAAAAAAAAAUGAAUAUUGGACUCAUAAAGUCCAGUUUUUGGGUGUUUUCUGUUUUUAAAUCGGUAACGUCGCUACAAUUGUAUUUUCGCCCACGUUCUGGGGAAAAACGUUCAUUAGUGACGGUAGAUAAAACAACCAAUAUUUCCGUAAAUAUUUUCGGCACGGCGGAAAAUGGCUUCGGGUAACAGACGUCGCAAAGAAAAGAGCGGGAAUGGCUUUCUGAUCUUUCUCACUAUUUUAAUUUUGCCUACGUGAUGUUGUCGUUUCUAUGAGUGUUAAUCUACGUCCGAGCCGAUGAUUAGUGACGAUGUGAAAAUAAUAAUACAAGCUGUGAUGUUGCGUUAAAAAAAUAAAUCCAAAUUGAAACUGAGUGUGUGACGUCCCACAUCCGAUAAAUGAUCAAAGUUGUGCUGCGAUUUUACGAAAAAUACAAGCUGUGACCUAACGUCAGAAAACUACACAGACGACGUUGAUUUUUAAUCAUCAACAAUAGUUUUCUCUCGUAUUCAAGAAAUAACAAUAGCGAUAAUCAUAAUAAUAGUUCUAAAAUAGGACAUUUAUGCAAGUGUUUGUCACGAUACAUCCUUCAUCGUGGUCGGGUUUUUUUUCUUCAAUAUUUUAACUUGUAACAUAGGCUUCUUAUACCAGUAUUUUUAUUUAGGUGGUUUUGGCAUUGCUCAAACGUGACAUUCGACGUCUAACGAUAACGGUAGAUUUUACGAAAAAUACAAGUUGUGAUGUCACGUACGAAAACUACAGUCCCAAAUAUCCAUCCAUUUCUGAGCCGCUUAUCCUCACGAUGGUCCGUGCUUGAGCCAAUCCCAGCUGUCAACGGGCAGAGGAAACCCGCGCAGGCACGGGCAGAGCAUGCAAACUCCACACAGGAUUUGAACCCAGUUCCUCAGAACAGUGAGGCCAACGCUCUAACCGGUUGACCCACCGUGCCGACACUCACAAAUAUCUGUUUGCUUUUCUUUUUAUCAUCAACGUUGUUCUAAUAGAUCUUAGUUGGUCAAAACAAGCGUUUCGAAGAAUACAUCCGACACCCUUUCGAUGACUUUGACGUGCAAAACGAUAUUCACCAUUUUUUUAUUUUUUUGCACAUCGGAGAUUCCAAAGUGUCUCUGCGAGCGUUUGACUUUGCACUUUUGAGCCAGUCUUCAUGAAGUGAAGUGAUGAUAUGAUCCCCCGCCCUCCACCCAAAAAAAAAAUUGUGGUGUUUUCAAAACAGCAGCUUGUGUACAAAAAAAAUGUUGAUGUCAGGCUAUAAUCCAACAUGUAGAGCUUUACUGUUUUUUUUUUUUUUUUUUUAAUUAAUUUCUUUUUUAAGAUCAAUGUUUUAUUUCGUCCGUCUGGGUGCAUCCUCGCUAUAGUCCAGUAAGAACUUUCUCGUAGUUUAGCCAAUCAGAGAAACCAGACUCUUUUUUUUUUUUUUUUUUUUUUUUUUGUUUGUUAGUCUCACUGGCUUGAACUAUUAACCCUUCAAUAUCCAUUGAUGUCAUCUUCGUAGCUAGUGUAUAAAAUAUAAGGAGUAUUGCAAACAUUCCCAUUGAGGACUGCUGGUGGGUUGGUUGUCCACACAGGGGAAAAAAAAAAAAAAAAGUUGUGACUGGAAUAUUUGUGAUGUGGUUGGCAUGGUUACCAUAAUAACAGGCACUGCAAGCGAGUAGCAGCGCGGAAAAAAAAAAAAUUAAACACGUGAGUCAAACAGCAAAAGAACAAGUUUGGUUUUGUUUUGUUUACUUGCAGUGCAGAUGUCGUUAUUGUCAAAAAGAUGAAAAGUUGAGCCAAAAUAGUGGAUUGUGUUGAACAAUUUUUGAACUGGAUACGACACAAGUGGCAAAAAAAGAAGAAAAAAGUCACAAGUCAUAGUUGUGUUAUAUGCAUAUAAAAUGCUGCAAAUUCAUGUUUUGUUGUUUUUUUUGGAGUAGACUAGUUUUGUUCGUUUUUGUAUAAGACCAAAAUAUCAGAACAUAAAUACAGCGUCCCCAUUUAAAAUGACGCAGAAGGUUGCAUUUUUGCAAUAUAUGAAAUUUCAAAAUAUAAAAAGAAAAAAAAAAAGCAAUUGUUUGCAUAUGCUGCUUCUGUUAUUUCCACCUUAAAGAUUCCAAAAUUUGACCAAAUGCACUCAAAAUGUGACCGGUUUCUGAAUUAUUUUGGGUUCAGCUGUGAAACGUUUUCUUUAUGCUGUGAAUGUAAUGGGCCGCUGGCACGAAUGGUUAAUUUCACUGAGCAUUUCAGGAGAUUUGUGUAACAAAUGUACUAUAAGCAUGUAAUUACACAAAAUGGUUUACUUAGUGUGCAGCGUUUGGUCGGACGACUCGAAGGGUAAUGUACCUUGACAGCAGUCGCGCCGCUUCUUUGAGGGCUGCAUUCUGAUUGGUCCGCUCAUUUUGAGGGGAUUAUGCUGUUCAAGUUUAUGUUGUUUCUUGUCAAAAGGGAAAUACAACAUUCAAUUGUCAGUUGCUGGCUAUCCACGAAUAUCCCCCCAUCUAUUUCCUGAGCCACUUAUCCUCAUAAGGGUCACGGGAGUGCUGGAGCCUAUCUCAGCUAUCUUCAGGCAGGAGGCGGGGUACACCCUGGACUGGUUGCCAGCCAAUCGCCGUCCACGAAUAUCAUGUUGUUAUUUAUUUUUAAUAAGGGUUAUUUUUUCCCUCUUUUUCUGUUUGACUUAAAAAAAAAAUACAAUGUGUAUCUUUGCCCUCAAUGAGGACUGUACAGCUAUUUCUGUUUUCUUUUUGUGUGUGCGUGUAUGUGUGUAUAGUCGCUCAAUCACAGUAACGUAAUCUUAUUUUUGUAACCAUGACAAAGUAUUGAAAUGAUUAUCUAGAUGUAAAUAUAUAUAUACACAUAAUAUAUGAUGGAAGGAAGGAGAGAUUAUCUGUGCUGCACAUGAUUGUUCUUUUUUUUCCUCCUUGCUGUUUUGUUUCAUUCUUGCACUUUUUGGAUUUGAAGAGCGUUAAGCUUGAUGUAAAGACAACAACAAUGUCAUAAGUCAAUGUCAUUUAUUCCAAUAAACAGAGAAAUGUGAUA